AUGCGUUCUACCACUGGGACCAGGCAGAGGGGGGAGUCUAUCAACAACUACAUCGCUGCCCUCCGAAAAGCUGCACUGCACUGUGAGUUCCGAGACUUAGACGAUGCCCUGAUGGAUCGAAUUGUCUGCGGGGUUCGGAACAACCGUCUGCAACGGCAUCUUCUUGCCAAGCCUGACCUCACGCUGCAGAAGACCAUUGAGGAGGCUGCGGCCUCAGAAGCUGCUGAACUCUCCGCCCAGGAGAUUUGCAAGGACAGCAGCCCGCAGCCUGCUAAGAAGCCAAUUCCAGUGCACCACGAGGAGGCCAGCAGUAACAAGGCAGUUCCAGUAACAAAGCAGUUCCAGAAGGGGCCACAUUGCUAA